AUGGACAGGCCCUUCUUGUGGCUCUUCUUCUCCUGCCUCCUCGUGGCAGGGGCAGCGCUCAAGUGCAUCACAUGUCACCUGCGCUCGCAGACGGACCGCUGCAGGAGGGGCUUUGGCGUCUGUCUGGCUCAGAGGCAAGAGACGUGCAUGACCCUGAAGGCCAUUCAGGGUGGUGAGCUCCAGGUCUCGUACAUGGUGUGCCAACGGUUCUGCAGAGACCUGACGCUCAGCUACAACGACCGGACCUACGUGCACACCUGCUGCCGCUCCAACUACUGCAACUUCAAAAUCUGAGCCACCCGCCCUGGGGCACUCCUCACUCCUCGCCUCUCCUGCCAAGCCCUGCCCUGUCCCGUCUGUCCUUGAGUCUCUGGUCCUUCCCGGUGCUUCCUUGGCCAGGGGACAAUGAUCUUAAAUGACAGAUCUCUCCUUUACAGAGGCUGGCGUUUCCAUACCCCAGGAAGCCCGCCCCAAGAGCCCUGCAUAGUAAAAACUGAUGCAGAACUGUCCUAGAACCAGCCGUAGAGAACUGGGGUGGACGAGAAAGACUUUGGCUAAAAAUUCAGAAAUAUUUUUGUCUGAAAUUCCCAUGUGUCACUUCAAGGAUUAGAUAGACAGGAAGCCCCUCAUUUGGGAGCAGCAUGCAGAGCCCACUCGGGGUUCUGCAGCUCUUGGCACUCAUGGGCACAUGCCACACGCACUGGCUGGGAGAGCAGGUACACUGGCAGCUCACUGCUCCCCUGCUCCCCGCCAGGAGGGCACCACGGCAGGGCAAGUUCCCUCCUGCUGUCCCUCCUCCUCCCACGCCCACCCUUCCCCUCCGUCCGCCUCCUCCGGCUGUGCCGACUCUCCGUCCAGAAACAGGACAUCUGCAAAGCCCCAGGGCACCCCGAGGCCCUCUGAGGCACAUAACCUGGGGUGGGCUGCCUUGCUGGUGGGGGCGGGGUCUGCCCUGGCCGCUCUCUGGAGCCUCGGGGCCCAGCUCGCAGGCCUGUGCUCGCUGGCCCCUGUGAGUAAUAAAACCCU